AUGAUAUUGGAGAGGGGAUAUUGGGUACUGAGCAAUUUUAGCAUUGACACGAGAAGAAAUUUCUUCUCAUCUAUACGAAGCUUAAGGUUUGAGAGACUUUCCUCUCUUGAAAGUUUUGCUAUUUGGUUACAAUCAAAUUUUCACUUCUAUCUGAUUGGAUUAGACGAGGUUAUUGAACCAUUGCUACAGCCGCGGCGUUUGAGGACUGAGGUUUACUUAGUGAUUAAUAAGUGGAACAACAUGGGGAUUAUAAAAGACGGUUCAAUAUCUGGCAAUUUGCCGAGUAGCAGCGAUGCCUUUGCAGUUAAUUAUCCAGGUUACCCUUCUUCCAUCGAACGUGCAGUUGAGACUCUCGGUGGCACCGAAGGCAUUGUGAAGGUUCGUACACAGCAGUCAAACAAAAUGGAGCUAAAUUUUCGUCCUGGAGAUCCAUAUUCACACCCAGCCUUUGGCGAACUUCGGCCCUGUAAUAAUUUUUUGUUGAAGAUUUCUAAAAAGAAAUUUAGAAAUGCCCAAACAACUGGGUACAGCAAGGGAGUAUCUGAACAUUCAGCAGAUCGAAUUAAUUUUAAGCAGAAUAUUUCCAACGAUAACUUAUCAGAAGCUCUACAGCAAAUCAAUCAACCUGAAUGUGAAUCCAAUGCUGCUUCUGCAGAACUUGAAGUCCAGCUACCUAGACAAGUACAACCGGAGCUUUAUGCUGAUAUUGUUGCUCGAGUUUCAGAGGCUUAUAAUUUUAAUGGAAUGGUGGAUUACCAGCAUGUUCUUGCUGUUCAUGCUGAUGUUGCCCGAAGAAGGAAAAGAAAGUGGGCUGAAGUGGAACCGCAGUUUGAGAAGGGUGGACUCAUGGAUUUUGAUCAAGAGGAUUUGAUGAUAUUAGUACCACCACUUUUUUCACUAAAGGAUGUACCAGAGAAAGUAGCGUUAAAACCAUCAGUAGAUCUGAGCUCGAAAAAGAAACAAGAGGGAGUUGUCCAACAUCGUUGGGAGAUGGAGAUAGAGCCAAGUCUUGCCAUUGACUUCAACAUCAAAGAUAUCCUAAUUCCUAAGAAAGUAAAUUGGGAAAAAUACAUAGCUCGAGACUCGGAUCAGUGGAAAUGGCAGACAGCUGUAUGUGAAUUGUUUGAUGAGCAUCCGAUAUGGGUCAAAGACUCGUUGGCUGAACGUUUGCUCGACAUAGGCCUGGCUUUCAAAUCUGAGAUGCUUCGGAGGCUUCUUUUCAGAGCAGCUUAUUACUUCUCUAAUGGGCCAUUCCUUAGGUUCUGGAUCAGAAAAGGAUAUGAUCCUCGCAAGGACCCUGAAUCUCGCAUAUAUCAAAGGAUUGAUUUUCGGGUACCACCAUCCCUACGAAGCUAUGAUGAUGCUAAUGUUGCAUCUGAAUCAAAGCUCAGAUGGGAGGAUAUUUGUGCCUUUCGAGUUUUUCCUCAUAAGUCCCAAAUCUCAUUGCAACUCUUUGAACUUAAGGAUGACUAUAUUCAGCAGGAAAUCAGAAAACAUCCGAGUCGAACAACCUGCAAUUUGGCAACUGGAUGGUUUUUAUCACGUGUGAUUGAUAGGUUGAGACUGUGUGUUGCGGUGAGGUUUCUGUCAGUGUACCCUAAGGGUGGUGCAGAAUCCUUGUUGAGAUCUGUUUCUAAUCGCUUUGAAAAGUCAAAGAGGAUGCACAUUUAUAUGAAAGACAAGAGAGUUGAUGAAGAAGGUCAACAGCCCAAUAAAGAAGUGAUGGAUAAUGAAAGCAAAGAACCCAAUGAAGAUGGUGAAGAUGAGGAAGAUGAAAAUGAAGAUGACAAUCUUGGAGAGGAUAUGGAUGCAGACGAGCCAUUUGACCUGGUCAGUCACCAAAGGAAUUUCUCGCUACAACCACAUACAUAUACAGAGAAUGAGAACGUCUCAAGGGAUUAUCUUCAGGACCUAUUCGGUAGUUUUCCAUUUGGUGUAGAUCAUCAAGAAGAAGAUGAUGCUCAUCUUACUGCAGGGGAGUAUCAGAUAUAUGAACAAUAUAGUGAUGACAACUAUUCUGAAGACGAAGGUUACUGA